GCUGUAAAGAACGUGGUAUGUUUGGUAAAAACUGUAGUCUACGAUGUCCUGAAGCAUGUCAAGAAAAUAGAUGUCAUAUCCUGGACGGAACUUGUCUAGGAUGUAAGCCUGGAUGGGUAGGGGAUCACUGUGAUAAAGCUUGUCCGAUUAAGCAGUAUGGACUUGAUUGCAAUAAGACCUUUGCUGGAUAUUGUAAAGACAAUAACACCUAUGAUCACGCAACAGGUCAAUGCAAGGACGGAUGUGCUUAUGGAUGGACAGGAGCGCAUUGUGAUGAGAGAUGCCUUGAUGGGGCAUAUGGUAGUAACUGCAUUUAUAACUGCACGGGGAAUUGUCUAAAUGAAAUUCCGUGCAACAAAAUCUCAGGAAAGUGUGAUACUGGGUGCAAACCGGGCUAUACCAAUGAUAAAUGCGACAAAG